GAUUGGCCGUCCUCUGGUCUAUGCUGAUGACGUCAGCAGCCCUCUGUGGUGUCAGGAUCCAGGCAGCAAAGUGGAGACGGGGAAGGAAGAGCAUUUAUCAAAACAACAGGAAUCCACAUCUAUAAACACCGGCCCAUGGGUGUAGCGUCCGGACAGUGAGCUCGGGGGUUCUGCUGGAGGCUCCGCGGUGUCGCAGCCGCCACUUUCUGUCGUCUCUCAUCGAACUUGUUGAAGUUUACAGCCAACGGACAGCGCUAACUUUAGCACCGGGGCUGUUUCUGCCUCUGCCUCGGCUCCAGCCCCACCAAAGCCGUCGAGAUGGUGUCUUGGAUGAUUUCAAGAAGUGUCGUGCUGCUGUUUGGGACUCUGUAUCCUGCAUACUACUCCUACAAAGCCGUGAAGACCAAGAACGUCAAGGAAUAUGUGCGGUGGAUGAUGUACUGGAUCGUGUUUGCCCUCUACACUGUUGUGGAGACCAUCACUGACCUGACGCUGGCGUGGUUCCCGCUGUACUAUGAGCUGAAGAUUGCGUUUGUGAUUUGGCUGCUGUCCCCGUACACCAGAGGAGCGAGCCUCAUCUACAGGAAGUGUCUGCACCCUCUGCUGUCCUCCAGAGAGCGGGAAAUCGAUGACUACAUUGUGCAGGCCAGAGAACGGAGUUAUGAGACCAUGGUGAACUUUGGCAAGCAGGGGCUGAGCAUCGCAGCCACCGCUGCAGUCACUGCAGCCGUCAAGGGCCAGGGCGCCAUCACUGAAAAGCUGCGCAGCCUGAGCAUGCACGACCUGACUCAGAUCGGCCAGCAGGACGAGGGAGGAAACCAGCUGUACCAGUACAACUCACGCUCCGCCAACCCCGCCGUGAGGAGAGCGCAGAGCUCCGACCACGCGGCCGAUGAGAGCUUCUAUGAUCAAGAGGAGAGAUCUGACGAAGAGGCCGAGCCCACCUUCUCUGAAGACGAGGCCGUGAGUCAGAAAGGACUGAGGCGGUCGCAGAGCGUCAAGAUGACCCGAUCCAGAGCCCGCAAAGACGCUCGCUACGGUUCUCUGAAGAUCAAGGGCAAGAAGAGGCCUGCUCUGAGCUCCGUUAACUACGGCAUGGCGAGGGACACGCCCAGCUGAGCACGCCGCAGAGCUGGCAGCUGACUGGAGGACGGCUCCUCAUCUUCUUCAUCACCCUGCUCAUCCAAAACCAGCAGCUCAGAGAUGAACUCUGAGCCUUUAUGGAAGUUUACCGUGUACAUAACGUGUUCCACUUUUUUAUCUGACAUAGAAGUGUUCUCUGUGUCAUCUUAUAGUUUCGUCUUAUUUGUUGUCAUCUGAGGAGCUCAUUGGCUGAACAGACUAGUGGGAGGAGCUGGUGUCGCUGCAGCUCCUUUACCAUCUGACCUGUCAGCAAAUACUUUUAAAGAACCAGUUUGUCCUUUUUUUAUCCGCAGCAUUCCUCCAACAAUCUCAGAGCCGUGAGGUUGAAUAUGAAGCUUCAGACUUUGGGGUAUUCUGUCAUGAAAUGUGCUGAAACACACAGAAGAGCUGCGCUGUUAUGUGAACGUCUUCAGACGAUCAGCCGCUUUCAGCAGGACUCCUCUGUCCAAACCAGUUCUGCCUUCGAUGCUGAUCAGUGCCUCACACUAACCGGGCCGGGUUUCAACAACGCCAGGCCUGAGCGGGACCGUUUGAUCCGGAGCUGAGCCGGACCUCAGCAGAGUCAAACGGUCCCGUCUGAACACUAUCUGAGUCCGCCGGAGCUGGACGAUGAACCAAAGAGAUGCAGAGCGGGUCUGAGAGGACCAGCUGCUCUCCUCACUAAAGAGACGCUCCCACUUCUGCUUUUCAUCAUGUAUUGUUCCGUGUCCUGAACUGUUGUUUUCCUGCUGCGUGUCCUGGGAUCAUUGAGGAUUUGCUUUUGUUUGAUGUUCCUGUGUAAGCGUGUGAUUUGCACAAACACUCGCGGGCCUCUUCCUCAGACGGGUCAGAACGAUGAUGGUGCACGUCAGUGACAUCUUUUGGAAGGGGGCGUGUCUGUCUGAAGGGGCCCGUGAGGUUUUUAUUUUAACGCUGUUGUCUCCUUUCAUCUCAUCAGAGCGUGUAUUUAUAUCUGAGGACUGGGCUCAUUAACCAUACUAACAGAGAAAGCUGACUGAUGGUCGUCAUCCAGACCAUUUCUGUUUUUACUGAGAGAAUAUCAAGUUAAGACUACUUGGAUGAUUCUCCUCCAUCGAUGUCUCUCCUGUGACUGACGAAACCAAAGCUGGACGCCCCGCCUGAUGCUGGAGUUGUGUAUGUUUGGGGGAGUGUGUUGUAAUAAAUGAAACCUACUGAAGCAUU